UAUUUAUAUAAAUAUCUUUAAUCGUCGAAUCAGCUCCCAUCUUCCAAACCAUUUAUUAUUAUGGAUCUAUUAUCCUUAUUACACAACAUUAAUAAUAAGUAAUAACUCAAAUACUACUAGUAAAAAUUUCCGUUCGGAUUUAUCAAUAUUUUCAAUGAAAUCACCGGCUUGACAAUUUACAUGGAAAAUAAGUGUUUUACAACGAAAAAAGAAUUUGGUAUCACAAUAUCGCCUAGGUUCUAAAAUGGUAUAAAAGUCUAAUUUUUUGAAAAUCAGAUCAUUAAGUAUGUUUAGGAAUUCUAAAAAUUAGAAUUUGAAGAAAUUCGUUAUAAUAGUACCAAUUCGGAGUGAGCAUGCUUGUAUGAUACAAUAGUUGCAUCUAUCUAGUCGUAUAUAAUGUAUCCAUCUAUUAAGUUUCUCAUUAUUCUCAACAAGUGAUACAUGUACUAUGUAUGUAUUUACUAUAUUAGUAUAUUAGGUACUUACUAUACUAUAUUAGAUAUUGACAUAUUGCACUUAUACUUUAUAGUUAUAAAUAAACAUACACAGUUAAGUAUGCGAAUCACCCUGUAUACGACUGGGCAAACGGCCAAAACGAAUUGUGUUUAUAAUUAGUUACACAAAAUAGUUUAUUGGAUAGUGGACAACGGAAAUGUCCCCACCAAUUUACAGCACAAUUAAUAUCGUUGUUUUACAUAUACGUUACAGCAUUAUACGCAUAAUACACACACACACACACACACACAUAUCUCAUCCUGCAGAGUUAGAAGCAAUUUAUUAUUAUUACUAUACGUUGUCAUCGGCGUAUUAAAUAAAUACGAUUAAAACACUAUUACACUACACGAGCGAAUAAAAAACGGUCAGUUGUUCGCCGGCUACCACGUGUACCGUUUGUCUUAUCGUUAUUUUAAUCGUUAACCUAUCCCGGCAAGUGGCAACUGCAUGAUAAUAAUAUUAUGUCUCUGUUAUUAAUGUCUUGGUAUUUUGUAUGUUUCGUUACAGUUAUUCUGUUAUUGAUCGCUCUUCGUACGUGUAGGAAACCAAAAAACUAUCCACCAGGGCCAAAGUGGAUACCUUUUGUGGGAAAUACGUACCAAUUAUCUAAAUUGGCCGCUACCAAAAAUGGUCAAUAUUUGGCAUUUGAGGAGCUCCGUCAAAGAUACAAGUCUGACAUCAUUGGGUUGAAAUUAGGACGUGAAUACGUCGUUAUUGUGUUCGGAAACGAUCUAUUGAAUGAAACGUUUCAUAGAGAAGAAUUUCAGGGUCGGCCUGAUAAUUUUUUUAUGAGACUCCGGACAAUGGGUAAACGUAGAGGUAUAACGAUGACUGACGGAGAUCUUUGGAAAGUACAUAGAUCGUUUGCGGUCAGACACUUGAAAUUACUUGGCUUAGGACAGAGAAGGGUGGAUGAAUUGAUUCAUGAUGAAUAUCAACUCAUGGUAGAACGCCUAUUCGAUGCGACGAAAAGUGUAACGCCGACCUUAUACUUGCAAUCAGCUGUAAUGAAUGUUUUGUGGGAGCUGACAGCUGGCACUAAAUUCGAAGACCCUAAACUGUUAACGUUGAUGAGGAAACGGAGUUCAGCAUUCGACAUGGCCGGUGGGCUGCUCAACCAGAUACCAUGGAUACGGUAUUUGGCACCCACCAGGACGGGUUUCUCACUCAUAACUGAAAUCAAUCAACAACUUUACUCAUUGAUAUCCAAUAUUAUUGUGGAACACAAGAAAACGAUAACUGAUACUACCAGAGAUUUUAUUGAUGCAUAUUUACAUCAAAUGAAAAAAGAAGAAAUAUAUAAUACAAUGUUUACUGAAGAACAAUUGAUAGCUGUUUGUUUGGAUUUAUUUAUUGCUGGAUCAUCAACAACUAGCAGUACAUUGGAUUUUGCUAUAUUGGCUAUGGCUCGGUGGCCAGAUGUCCAGGCUAAAGUUCAAUCUACUCUGGAUGAGAUCCAACCUCCGGGGACGUAUAUUACAGCUGAACAAAUUCUUAAAAAUCGAUACGUGGAAGCGGUGCUUUUAGAGACGAAGAGGCUUAAUCACGUAACACCAAUCAUAGGUCCUAGACGUGUGUUAAGAAAUACGAAUCUUAAUGGAUAUAAUAUACCUAAGAAUACAACAAUUUUGAUGAGUUUGUAUUCAGUACACCAGGAUCAGUUGAAAUGGGGUGAUCCAGAAGUUUUUCGCCCAGAGAGGUUUAUGGACACUAACGGAAAAAUCAAUACGACUGAAGACAUGUACUUUUUUGGAUUUGGAAAAAGACGAUGUCCUGGUGAAGCGUUGGCACAGCGGUUUGUUAACUUAGCAUUCGCCAACUUAAUACAUGAUUAUAUAAUUGAAAUAGAUCAAUUACCCGACGGAGUAAAUUGUGGUAUACUUUUAACACCAAAACCUUACAAAAUAAAAAUGACCAAAAGGAAAUGAA